AUGCAGAAGCAACUGAUGUUCAAGCUGUUGAAGGAGGUGAAAGCGUUGCGGAAGGAGUUGAAGGACGUCAAGCAAACGCUUGCUGCGGCUUUCGAGGCCAUCGACGUCAACAAAGACGACACGGUGUCAAAAGAGGCCAGGCGCAAGGCAGUGGCGAAGAAAAACCAAGAGGCAUGUGCCAGGAAGCUGGAGCAGGCAAAGGAGAAGGAGGACGCCGAGAAGGCUCGCGCAGAGGAAGCGGCCAAGCGCAGGGCAGAAGAGGAUAAGAAGGAGCAGGAGGCUGACGCCAAGAAGCUGGAGGAGGUUGCAGAUCGGUUUUCCUCGGCCUCCGUCUCGAAGGCUGCGACCGUGGAGGAGAUGCGACAGACAGCCAGAGAUGCGCUUCUGCAGGGGGCAAAAUCCGGCAAGCUGCUGGAGGUCCUUCGCGAGAGAACUUCCAAAGUCUUCAGCCCAAAGCCCUGGAAUCCGAAGACACGCCUUGCCGACAAGCAGCACCUGAUGCCAGUCAUCACCCCGGCCUGUCCGGCAAUGAAGUCUAAGCAUAGUGUAACCGACACCACGAAGCGGAUUCUGUUCGACGAGUUUCGGCGAGGAUACGAGGUAGUGAACAAGGUGGAGAACAACAAGGCUGACUGGAAGGAAGUUCACAACCCCUUCCAUUUCUUCAGCAACGACCGCUUCAAGUGA